AAUAGUGAGGUGAGAUACAAGGUUCUUACGCAGCCAGGAUACCCAGCUCCCAUCUUUGCUAUAUCAGGAAAACGCCCGUAGAAUAUCCAACCAACCCCGCCAGUCCUGCCCCGCUUUCCCGCCGCUCUACCGUAGUUAGUGAAAUUUGUUGGUUUCCCAUCGUCCCGACUCGGUGGUUAGACUUGUGUUGCAGCAGCAAACGUCUAUUGCUAGUAUACUAUACAUCCCAUAUCUAUUUUUUUUUUGGGAUAAACCCGACAUCAUGGCGAAGAAGGGCGGCGAGAACAGCAAGAAAGCUGCUGGUCAGGCCCGAAAAGCCCAGACCGCUGCUGAUAAGGCUGCAGCGGAAGACGCAAAAAAGGCCGCUGCAGAAGAAGCCGAAUGGGAAAAGGGUGCAAAAAGCAAUGCUAGAAAGGAAGCACAAGCCGCAAAGAAAGCAGAGCAAGCCAAGAAAAAGGCCGAGAGAGAGGCAGCUCUUGCUGAAGAAGAGAAGAGUCUGCCGAACCGUGCCGGCCCGAAAAAAUCCAAAACUGCGGUUAAGAAAACGAACCGAGGCCUCGACCAAGCCAUAUCAGAUCUCAAAAUCGAGGAUGAGGAUAGUGAUAAGGAAUACUCGGCCUCGGGACCCAAGGCUACUUUGGAACUUCUAGAUAGUCUUCUGGGUAGUUCGAACGAAGUCAAGGUUGAUAGGAAUGCUAAGAGAAGGGUGAAAGCUGCAUUUGCCGCAUUCCUGGAGAGAAGACUAAAUGAGAUGACCGAGGAUGGAAGUGGGAAAGGAUUGCGCCUAAGCCAGAAAAGAGAGCGGAUUUGGGCAGAGUUCGUAAAGAGCGACGAGAAUCCGCUCAACAACGCUCUGAAUGUUGACCAUAACGCGACGAAGGAAGAGAUCGCGGCUGUUAAGGCCAACGAGAAGGCAAGGGCUAAGGCUGUCUACACCUCUAAGGCCUCCAACUAGGAGCUGGAGUGCUUGUUGGUGAAGAAAGCCAAAGCACGGUCUAAGAUAUCUACUAUAGGGAUAUCUACAGCAAGGAGACUCAAGGAGAGUGAGAUCUCUAGUUCUUGCUCUAUUGAACUGAGCAGAUAUGGCGGGGGAGAUGAUGAGUGGGACUUGGUAGAAGCUCUUUUCUGGCUUGUCCGAACGAGUAUAACGGUAAAUAUCGCAUCCUGGCUGUUUCUAGACGUUUUGGUAGACGGAUCAUUAUUUCCUUAUCACUUAGUCAUUUCGUUGUACAAUUUCAAGCUACUUUGGUCUCAAGAGCGUUACGCUCUGGUCUACCGGGCCAGAUUAUAUAUGGAGGGCAUAUGAUAGUGCAUCAAUAUACCUGGCAUAAAUGGGUCACAAACUGAUAGAUUGCAUUCAUAGAUCGAAUACAUACAUAGGUAGCUAUGAUACCUGCAUAGUAGAGUUUCGAGAAUUUUAUGUUGAGAAGAGUCUCGU